GUAAGCAAAGCGGACGCGAAUGCGAACGGCACACACAAGCGUCUGAAGCGCACCACAAGCGUGUAAUCGCAAGAACACAAUGUGUUAAAUAAACAAAAACUAAAAAUACAAAUUGUUUUAAAAAUAUUUUAAUAAGAAAUUACAAGUAUUUUUUCUUUGAUAAAGUGGAAGUCUGAAGUGAAUCACGCACCAGAGUAAUAUUAAAAAAUAAAUUUAUUUAAAACUAAAACGCGCUUAUCAGCUCGAGCAAUUAAAACUACGAAAUCUGUUUCGUUUUGUGCCGCGCGCAAGUGAUUAUCGCGGAUUUCAAGUGCAUUUCAAGGGGUUUUCUAUUCAAUUUCGCAGUCGGAACAUAUUAAUAAACUGUUUGAGAAAUGGAACCUGCCCCAUAAUGUUUCGAAUUAAUCGCAAAAAACUAGGACGCUGCAAGACCGCAACUACUGCAUUUAAUAUUGUGCCGAAUUCUUCCCUGUGCUAUGCGACAUCCAUAAAAAACGCGGCCGGCAUGAUCGACGGCAAUUCAAUUGCCGCUAUCGAAGACGGUGUCUGUCCCAAAAGUGUCACGGAAACGGACACACUAACGGAUGCGGUUGCACUAACACUUCCAUUAAAUGCAACAUCGCCAAUUUCGGGAGAGUUCAUCGCUGAUUUGACUGAAAAACGAAGUUCGUGGCGCAUUCCUUGGCUUAUAGUGAAUAUAAGUUUAGUGCAGUUCACACUUUUCUUUGUGGCUAAUGAGUCCAUCAAACAGCGGUUCAUGUACAUCCCGAGAUACCGAACGCAGUACUGGAGGCAUCUAAGCUAUAUGCUGCUACACACCGAUCACCUACAUUUGCUAUUGAAUCUUUGCCUGCAAUUCCUGAUUGGCUUUUGUUUGGAGUCCGAACAACGUCGUUGGAAGGUGGCAAUUAUAUAUGCUGCAGGCGGUGUUUCCGGUUCAUUGGCCAUUUCAAUUUUCCAACCGCAGUUUUCGUUAGUGGGCGCAUCAGCGGGCAUUUAUGCAUUGCUCAUGAGUCACAUACCGCACUUGGUUAAGAAUUUCAGUCAUCUACCUUAUCGAUAUUUUCGACUCGUCGCUUUGGUUAUUCUCUGCUUGAGUGACAUUUGUUUUACGAGUUUUCAUUUUUUAAUAAAUCGAAAUGCAAGUCCACAUAUCAGCUUAGAAGCACAUAUCGCUGGAGGCAUUACUGGCCUAUGUCUGGGUUUUCUAAUCUACAGAGACGGAGGACCUAUGACCAAAAGUGGCUACCACAGCACAUCGACAGGUUCAACGGAAUAUGUCACCGAUAGAACAAAACUUAAAACUGGAGAUAUAUUCAAAUAAGCCGGCAUCAAUAUUUUGUAUAUUCCAUUACAUUAGUAUAAGUUCAAUAGCUUUUAGUGAAUAUAGGUCUAUCUCAUAUAAUGGUGUAUUGUAUUGAUGUAAUGAUAUAUAGAGAUACAUUUAAUUAGAGUAGCUGUAAGUGCUAAUAGUAAUUAAUAAAAAACAAUCUUAAUUACUUAUUAAGU